AUGAGUUCUCAGAAUCGAGUCACCGAAUUUCUUCAGGUACGCAAUCAACUAGAGUCCAAUUAUAAAGAUAGCAAAGAAAGACUAAAGGAAUUAGUUGACGAGCUUUCUAAUCUUAAGCAAAAGGCUAAGGAUUGUCUCAGAAAACACGACAGAGAAGGGGCUAAGCGGCACCUUUAUCGUAUGCAAGGUAUACGAGGGCAAGUAGACCUCAUCGUGAUAGUGAUUAAAAAGCAGCAAGCCCUCAUCUCAGAACUCGAUGUCAAGCUAAGCCACAUACAGAGUUAA